AUGGACACUGAAGUUGACGAUUGCUUCCUGGCAAUUGCUGGUGUUUUCGACAGUUUAGAAUCAAAUAAUCACAACCAACUCUUAGAGCUUCUACAGAAGUUAACAAACAAAUUGAAAGAAGCGAAUUCGAGGGAAAAAAUAGUCAAGACUCAUGUUGAAAUAAUUGUCAAAGUGCUGCAUAAAUGCGAUGAAAAUCUGAAGGAGGAUUUUGAUGAGAGGCCGCCACCAGAAGUAAUAUGUUGUAUUACAGAGUGUUAUCGUACACUUCGGAAUGCUUGUGCAGGAUGUCGAGCCAAUCAGGACCUUGUCAUUCAGUCUAGCUGCCUGGAAUGUUGUGUGAACACAAUUAGACAAUGUCUUCGAGAACAAACAGAAUCUAGUUUUCUCUCCAAGAUGGAUGAAGAUAAAAUUGUGUGUCUUCAGUGUUGUGUCCAGUUUUUAGGAAACUUGGUUGUUGGACAUCUUGAGAACAGCAAACAAGUUUGGAAUCGGCUUUCAAAGAGCUUUAGGGAUCUGUUGUUUGUGGAGGACACCAAGCUUACUCAGUACAUUUGUAUGGUUGUUCAUUCCUGUAUCCAGGCAGGAAGAUGUGAUCAGGAGUGGUUGACGAGACUAGGGGCUGACCUUGAUUUCCAACAGAUUGUAUGUCGAAUUCUCAAUGUUCUUACCACCACAGACAUGGAUUGGGGGAUGUAUGUUAUAGAGGACGCUAUGAUGAUAAAAGGUAUUCUAGAGGUGAUUGAUCUGCAGCUCUCCAUUAAAGAAAGGAUAUUUGCUCUAGAAGUACUACUGAGCCAGCUGAGAAGCAUGUCGGACUCCGAGGGUCCCAGGGAUGGUGUGUUAGAUGUGUGUUUAGAUACUCUUCAGUAUCUGAGUAAGGAGGUGGUCAGUAAUGCUUACAACAUUCUAAUUUUGGCCAGUGAGGACAAUCAAAUGACCAGUACUCCACAGCCAGAAGUGAUAGUGAAGCAAAUAGAGGCUUUAGGUGAGGCAUCCUCUAACCACAGUCAUUAUAGUGGUCUUCAGGACAACCCAGACCUUCUGACAUCAGCAGUAUAUCUCCUCGAAGCUAUUCACAAAUUAGGUCAGGACAGUUCUAAUGCUUUCAGCAGUGUGAAGAAGUUAGCCUCUGAUGAAGUGGACACUGACCAUCCAGUGUUUGGCCUCAGAAAGGACCUAGUCAGACUUAUAGGGAACAUGUGUUUCAGGCACCAGCGAAACCAGGAACAGGCUGCCACCCUUAAUGCCUUACCUUUAAUUCUGGACCAAACCAACAUCGACAAGAAAAAUCCAUACAUUACACAAUGGGCCAUUCUCGCUGUGCGAAACCUCUGUGAAGGGAGCCCGCAGAAUAAACAAGUUCUUGCUGGUUUAAAAAAGCAGGGGCUGGCUGACAACUCCACUGUUCUGCAAGAGCUUGGCAUGGAUGCAGAAGUCAGGGAUGAUAAAAUCUAUGUAACACCAUCAAGAAAAGACCAGGAACCGGAGGGAUGACUGUGACAAUAUACUAUAUUACUAAGUGAUGGGGAAAAAGGGGAGGGGUUACCGUGGCAAAAUACUGCAUUAUCUAGUGAUUGGCAGGAAGGGGAGGGGUAACGAUGACAAUAUACUGCAUUGCCUAGUGAUGGACAGGAAGUUGAGGGGUAACCAUGACAAUAUACUACAUUGCCUAGUGAUGGGUAGCAAGGGGAGGAGUAACCAUGGCAAUAUACUACAUUUCCUAGUAAUGGACAGGAAGUCGAGGGGUAACCAUGACAAUAUACAACAUUGUCUAGUGAUGGGUAGCAAGGGAAGGAGUAACCAUGGCAAUAUACUACAUUUCCUUGUAAUGGGAAGGAAGGGGAGGGGUAACUAUGGCAACAUACUACAUUUCCUAGUAAUGGGAAGGAAGGGGAGGGGUAACUAUGGCAACAUACUGUACUGCAUAGUGAUGGAACAGAGAUGAAAGGGUAACCAUGGUAAUAUACUGUAUUAUUCAGUAUGUGGCAGGAGAGGAAAGGGGAACUAUGGCAAUAUACUGCCUUACCUAGUAAGGGAUAGAGGGAGGAUGGAUCACUGGAAAGUAUAUAGUUUAAGUUGGAAUAUCCUUUUAUUGAAGAAACUGUGAUAAUUAAAUAUUCAGCAUGGACAAUAUCUAUAA